UUCAUUGGCAAACUUCAGACGGGCAUGUAUAUGUGCUUUCUUGAGCAGUGGGACCUUGCGCGCGCUGCAGGAUUUCAGUCCUUCACGGCGUAGUGUGUUACCAAUUGUUUUCUUGGUGACUAUGGUCCCAGCUGCCUUGAGAUCAUUGACAAGAUCCUCCCGUGUAGUUCUGGGCUGAUUCCUCACUGUUCUCAUGAUCAAUGCAACUCCACGAGGUGAGGUCUUGCAUGGAGCCCCAGGCCGAGGGAGAUUGACAGUUCUUUUGUGUUUCUUCCAUUUGCGAAUAAUCGCACCAACUGUUGUCCCCUUCUCACCAAGCUGCUUGGCACUGGUCUUGUAGCCCAUUCCAGACUUGUGUAGGUCUACAGUCUUGUCCCUGACAUCCUUGGAGAGCUCUUUGGUCUUGGCCAUGAUGGAGAGUUUGGAAUCUGACUGAUUGAUUGCUUCUGUGGACAGGUGUCUUUUAUACAGGUAACAAACUGGUAUGAUAAUAAAGAUGGUUGACUUCGAGGCAGGAGUACGAGUCUGUGUAUUUAUAUACUGGAGAGAAUGUGACCUGUCCCAACAAUUGUGCUGUAUUCAACAUCAAUUGUCUACCAGUGUUUGGCAGAGUUCGUUCCCAUGUUGAUCCUGCUGUUUAUGUAUAAAGAAGCAUAUGAAUCCAUUGACCUGUGUAAUGGACCUGUGAUAUAACAAACUACUCAGUGAAGAUGAAAUAGGACACAUCAGCACAACUAUGAACGACUAUGGCUGGCCCAGGAGAGGAUCAGCAUUAACCUCUGAAAUUAUGAUGGAGCGUGAACAAGGAAGCUAUGAAGACAUUGCUUAUACUGGGGGAAAGCGUAAACCAGUGGAAGGGGUUUUCCAUAGCCAUUUAGAGGAGAGGGUCCGUCCUUAUGUUGAUCUGAUUGACUAUUUGAGACUGAUUGGAAUUGAAGAAGAUUUGGCUUUGCCAACUAUAGCUGUAAUUGGAGAUCAGAGUUCUGGAAAAAGCUCUGUGUUGGAAGCACUAUCUGGAGUGGCAUUGCCCAGAGGAAGUGGUAUUGUGACAAGAUGUCCACUGGAGUUAAAGCUGAGGAAGAUUAAAUGUGGUGUUCAAUGGCAAGCCGUAAUAUCUUACAAUGAUCAGUUCAUUGAGUUUGAUGACCCAUCACUGGUUGAGGGCUACGUUAAAGCAGCCCAGAAUGAGCUGGCUGGAGAAGGUGUUGGGAUUUGUGAUGAACUCAUCACUCUGGAGAUCAUGGCUCCUGAUGUGUGUGACCUCACACUGAUCGAUCUCCCUGGGAUUACCCGAGUUCCUGUAAAAGGUCAACCGGAGGACAUCGGACAUCAGAUCAAAAAUCUCAUACGGAAAUAUAUAGAGAAGGACCAAACUAUAAAUUUGGUAGUGGUCCCAUGUAAUGUUGACAUAGCAACAACAGAAGCUCUGAAAAUGGCACAGGAAGUGGAUCCUGAAGGAAAAAGGACAUUGGCUAUUCUCACAAAGCCAGACCUUAUAGACAGGGGAACAGAGAAAAACAUCUUGGAUAUAAUCCGAAAUCAGGUCAUUCCCUUAAGCAAAGGGUAUGUCAUCGUUAAGUGCCGUGGCCAACAGCAAAUUGAUGAUAAAAUCUCUCUGUCUGAGGCCACUCGAGUAGAGAAGGAAUUCUUCAGACGUCAUGAAUUCUUCAGUUGCCUGUUGUACGAGGAGAAAGCAACUAUACAGUGUCUUGCCAGCAAAUUGACUCAAGACCUGGUUGAUCACAUCAAAAAAUCGUUACCUCUGAUCUCAGAGGAGAUCAAGAAGCAGCUGUGGAGCUUGAGAAAAGAGCUAAGUCAGUGUGAAGCUGGUCCACCACUGGACCCACAGAAGAGGAAGAUCUUUUUUAUUGAUACCUUGACAAAAUUUAAUGAUAAGAUCAACCGCUUGGCAUCUGGGGAAGUGGUCAGCAAUGACAACUUGUUUGUAAUGCUUCGGUCUGAAUUCAAAAAGUGGAAAGAUCAUCUUGACAACACAAAGGCAUCAUUCCACAAAACGGUCCAUGAAGUGGUGAGUGAAUAUGACCGGAAGCACAGAGGACGUGAACUGCCUGGUUUCAGUGACUACAAGGUGUUUGAGAUGGUGGUGCAGAAACUUGUGAUCCAGCUAACAGGACCAGCUAUUGACACACUCAGGGUCAUCAGAGACACCAUUCAGAAAGAGUUUUCAGAUGUGUCCAAAACCUGCUUCAACAUCUACCCUUUCCUCCAGUGUGUUGCUAUGAACAAGAUCGACAACAUUCAGUCAAAGCAGGAAGCCAAGGUGGAGCAAAGGCUCAUGGAGCAGUUUGAGAUGGAGCAACUGGUCUAUACUCAAGAUGGCAUCUACUUCAAGACCUUGAAUGAGACUCACUCUGCUGAGGGACAAAAUGCUUCAGAAGACAACUUUGCUGGGUUUGACAACAGAAACAAAUAUCCUGUUAUGCUGCAGGCGUAUUACGAGAUCGUGGUGCAGCGCUUGGCUGACCAGGUGCCCAUGCUGAUCCGAUACUUCAUGCUGAAGGAAUCCGCUCAGCUGCUGUGCAGUGAGAUACUGGGUUUAAUGGACGGUGCCAACGUUGCCGAUGCCUUGCGUGAAGAGUCGGAUGUCAGCAGACGCCGCAUUGACAUGCAGAACCGCAUGGACCGUCUUACCCAUGCUCAAGACAAACUCAGCAACUUUGUUUAAAGCAACGGGUUACUUUGUAAAACUAUAUAGCAGGGUUUUACAUCCUUUCUAGUUUAACACCUGAAUCAACCUAUCAGCUAAUUACCUUUGACCACUGACAUCACUGAUCUACACAAACAGCUUUUAUAUUUCACAGAAGAGGCCUUUUGGACAUUAAGGACAUGUUGGUCUGUUGUUGUUUAUUUAGAUAUGCUAUAUUCUGAAGUUUUUCAGAUUGAAGAUAUAUCAAGAGUUCUUAGUUAAUUUUAGUUAAAACGUGUAAUUUUUGCUGAACGUUUAUUCUUUUAUAUGUUUCAGACCCAGUAACAAAUCACAAAAUUAGUUCAUACCGAAAUGUCUGAAAAUCCUUUUCUUGUCCCUAAGAGUAAAAAAAUUAGUAGUGUCUUACAAGCUUUCAAGUGCACACACGAUUGAGUUUUAUAAGAUUUGAUAUAUAUAUAUAUAUAUGUAUAUAAUUUGUGGUUUUUACCAUUAAAUUUACAAUAGACAUGCAUAUAUGUGUACAAAUAUUGUACUAAUAUUAUUCUUUUUUCUAAUUAUACUUGUGCUACACUUUUCUAUUUUUUUUUUUUUUUAAAAAAAGGAAACCAAGUAUCAUGGCUGUUCUGAUAAUUACCAGAAAAAAUUGACAAAAAUAGUAUAGUGUUAUAGUAGUAUAGAGUUUUCUACCUUUUUUCUGGUCUUACCUUUAAUGAUGAUUUAUUUGUAAGAAAAGAUUAAGCUUAGAAGACCUAGCAAAUUGCAAUGUACUAACUGUGCCUUGUUGAAUUCAGUUACAUCAGUUACAUUCAGUUAAAUCAGUACAGCAAAACUCUCACAGAACACAAAUUAUUCCACAAUGAACACAAUUCAGAGUAGCGUAGGCUGAUAGGUCGCCAUCCGUCCACCUAUUUUCUGUACUGCUUAUCCUACACAGGGUUGUGAGGAGCCAGGGGACUCUGGGCACAAGGCGGGGAAUGGGGUGCCAACCCUUCGCAGGGCACAAUCACGCACACAAUACAGACAAUUUAGACUUGCCAAUCAGCCUACAAUGCAUGUCUUUGGACUGGGGGAGCAAAUUGGUAUACCCAGAGGAAAAGCACAAGGAGAACAUGCACACUCCAGGCACACAGAUCAGAGGUGGGAAUAAAACCCAAUCAUAGAUCUGCGAGGCAAACAUGCUAAAAUUAAAUUACAGAUUGAUAAUAUUACAAAUACUCUCAAUCUUCACAAUAUACAGCAUUAUAAUUUACCAGUUCAUAAUGUAUGCAAUCUGUUUUUUGGACAAUAAACCAUGUUUUAUCUUGUU